AACCCCAUGUGCUGAUUGGUUGUUGCUCUCUAACCCCAUUUCCCGAUUGGUCGGGGACCUCAGACCCUCUUUUCUGAUUGGCCGCUGCUCCCUGACCCUUUGUUGUGAUUGGCCAGCCAAUCCCGCCCUGUCCCCUCCCCUUUAUGGGCGUGUCCCCGACCUCACGCCCUGAUUGGCCGCUCCCAUGAGCGUGUCCCUGACCCUCCCCCUCCCCAAAUCCCCCCCCAGUUCUCUCCUGGGGGCCCUGCGGGACCCCGAGCGCAGCCGAUUGGUCGAGGCCGCCUUGGCCGUCCUGGCCCCGCCCAAAAUCCGGGAGCUCUUCCGGGAUCACCUGCGGGGGCACCUGAGGGGCGUGGCCUCCCACAGGGUGGCCAAUCACGGCCUCCAGAGGCUGCUGGACCACGCCCCUGAAGAUGUGGUGGAGGAGGUGCUUUCGGAGCUGGGCCCCGCCCUGGGGGAGCCGCUGGCCCGGGGCCACCCCGGGGUGGUCACAGCCCUGCUCGGGGCCGCCCGGAGACACCCCCGGCUCCAGGGCCCUGCCCAACGAUGGCUGCUGCAG